UGACCAAGGGUGAAGGGGGUCUUGACUCUAGUUCUAGUCGCCGCUGUCUUGCGGCCUCCUCCGGUCCAAGCCCCCUGAUCCCCUGACCUCAAAGAUGGCGGCGGCGCUGUCCAAGCUCCUCCGCCGUCGGCUGCGCGGCGGCGGGCACCGCCUGCUCCCGUCCCGUCCCUCCACCUCCGCCGCCUCCCAGCCACCUCCGCCGCCUCCUUCCGCCGCCACACCGCCACCACCAGGGGCAGGGAAGGAGGCGGGCGCGUGGUCCAAGCUCUUCCUCUUCGCCCCCGGCGCCAUCACCUUCGGCCUCGGCUCAUGGCAGCUCUUCCGGAGGCAGGAGAAGAUUGAGAUGCUGGACUACAGGACGCGGAGGCUGGAGAUGGAGCCCAUUGCGUGGAACCAGAUGGCCCCGUCUGAUCUCAGUGCCGGGGUCGAUCCGGCCACACCGGAGUUCCGGAGGAUCGUGUGCGAGGGUGAUUUCGACGAGGAGAGGUCGGUGUUCGUCGGGCCUCGCUCCAGGAGCAUCUCUGGUGUGACGGAGAAUGGGUAUUAUGUGGUCACUCCAUUGAUACCCCGGCCUAGUGAGCAUGGCAGUUCGUGGCCACCUAUACUUGUGAAUAGAGGGUGGGUUCCUCGUGAUUGGCGUGAUAAGAACGUACAGGAUCACCAGGGCGUCAGAGAAGUUCCAGAAUAUAAAGAGGCUGAUAAAAAGACAGAUGGAAAAGGUUCAUGGUGGAAGUUUUGGUCUAACUCUAAGGAGCCUGAACAAUCUUGUGAGAUUGAAAAACCUGUAAAACCUCCUGUAAGAGUUUUGGGAGUUAUCCGAGGAAGUGAGAAGCCCAGCAUAUUUGUUCCAGCUAAUGAACCCAGUGUUGGCCAGUGGUUUUAUGUGGAUGUUCCCAUGAUUGCUCGUGCAUGUGGCCUCCCUGAAAAUACUAUUUAUAUAGAAGAUAUAAAUGAGGAUGUCUCUCCAACAAAUCCUUAUCCUGUUCCAAAAGAUGUCAGUACUUUGAUUCAUCACUCAGUGAUGCCACAUGACCAUCUAAAAUACACCGUUACAUGGUACACUCUUUCUGCUGCUGUGACUUUCAUGGCUGCAAAGCGGAUAAAGGCAAAGAAGGUUAAGUUAUAGCGGAACAUAAACCUGUCUCCUGCAUCUUGUACUUAUUUAUGAAGCUCAAGUUCCCGCUGCUUCAGAAAGAGAUGUUCGAUAACCUGAGUACUGCAUCUUCAUCUCUCAGGCAAUGAUCAAAGUAGUCUUGCCACAUUUGAUAUGAUGUGCAUCCAUAUGGGCAUCUCGUAGUUGAACUCAGAGGAUAGAAAAGUUUUGUUAGCAGCUUCUGAUAUCCUUGAUUCUUUUGUUACGGAACUUACAUUGAGGAAACAACGUAGACAUUGUUAUUUGUUUCUAUUCUUUGUAGUUUUUUUGUUCAAUGAGCUAGUCGUCCACGAGGUUGAUGGUGCUUGCAGAAGCAAUUUUACAGUACUUGCUGAUUUUAUCUGAAAAAUAAAAACAUCGAAUCUGUUACACA